AGUAAGGAACAAAUCCUAUCAGAAUGAAGUUCGUUUUGUUCAGCACUGUGCUGAGUAUUUUCAUUUUGCAUUUAUGUCUAGCUGGAAGGCUGAGUUCAGAGUUUGCGUUAGAAGAGGAAAUUGCUGAAAACCAACCCAAGACUCAUGGAAUGGAACAAGAGCUAAGUGCUCUAUUUGAUGCAGCCAUGGAGCAAAUCCGAGCAAACAAAAUUGAGAAUGUUAAUACAGCUGAUAUUAUUAGGAAAUUAAUAGACAGAAAUACCACAGGACUUCUUCACCAUUAUCCUUCAUUCUGUCCUCCAAAUAAUGCUGCACAUGGCGUUUAUACGGUUAAUGUUGCCGAACUUCAGCCGUUUUCGGUUUUUUGUGAUACCCGUAUAGCUGGUUCCGGCUGGAUGGUUAUUCAACGUAGAGUUGAUGGACAUUUGAAUUUCUUUCGCAAUUGGACGCAGUACCAAAAGGGCUUUGGUAAUGUAUCUACAGAGUUUUUCAUUGGUUUAGAUAAAUUACAUGCCUUAACCGCAUCGAGACCCCAUGAGCUCUACAUCUAUCUGGAAGACUUUGAGGGCAACGCCCGUUAUGAAAGGUAUGAUGAGUUUCUUAUCGCUGGCGAAGCCGACAGUUAUAGAUUGACUAAACUGGGAACUGCCUCUGGAGAUGCUGGAGAUUCACUGAUAAGACACAUAAGUAAAAAGUUUAGCACUUAUGAUAAGGAUAAUGACGAUUCAAGCGAUGAUUGUGCGCAGACUAAGAUUGGGGCUUGGUGGUAUGGUACCUCUAACGGCUAUUGUUGUUAUAGUUCUCUUAAUGGUCUCUAUCUGAAGGGCGAGGUAUCUGGUACGCUUGAGGAAAAACAAAUUUACUGGCAUAGCUUUAAAGGCGCAAAAUAUUCCUAUAAAUUUGUCCAAAUUAUGAUACGUCCCAAGUGUCUGGAAGCGUAUCCCAAUAGGGUGUAAAUAAAAUUUUACUACUCAUAAAUAGAAUAAACAGAAAGAGGAAGUUGGAUCCAUUAAAAAUAUACAAUGCGGAACGCAUUUCAAGCAUUUGGGUUAUGAUAAUAACUGGCUAAUCCGAUAAGAUAAAUAUAUUCCAUUAUUGAUAAUACGUUUUAUGGAAUUUUCCAUUAGCCUUGUGCAUUUUUAACACAUUUA